CACACGUCAAUACCACUUGCUAUUCCCUUUUAGUGACGCCUAUAUAAAGUUGUAAUUGAUUGCUUUUCUUUCUUCUCUUUAUAUUACUUUACUUUCAAAUGUCAUCGACACACGAAAAGUAUGAGCACACAGUAGAACACGUUGAACAUAAGAAGGGGACUUUCUUUGAUGCCAUCAACUCUCGCUAUAACCAUGUUGACCCUCAUUCUUACCUUCGUCAAGAAAACGAAGGUGCUUUCAAAUAUUGGGCUCGUCGUCUUGGUCAGAUCAAGCCUGUUGAAUUAUUAUGGGGUGAAGCUGAAGGUACUGAACUCAAGCGUGCCUUAAGCACUUUUCAACUCAUCUUUGUGGGUAUUGGUGCCAUCAUUGGUACUGGUAUUUUCGUGCUUUCUGGUCAUGCUGCUGGUAUAAAUGCUGGUCCUGCUGUCACUAUUUCUUUCUUAAUCGCAGCUAUUGCUUCAGCUUUUGCUGCUCUUAGUUAUUCUGAAAUGGCUUCUAUGAUUCCUGUAGCAGGUUCUGCAUACACAUAUGCUUAUGCUACUAUGGGUGAAUUUGUAGCUUGGAUCAUUGGUUGGGAUUUAAUUCUUGAAUACAUGGUUGGUGCCGCCACAGUCGGUGUCGGAUGGUCAGGUUACUUUGUCAAGUUCUUUAAUGCUGCUUCCAGAGGCAGUAUUCAUUUUGGUGAAAACUGGACUCAACCAACUGUUGUAUGGACAGAAUCACCUCCUACUAUCUCUUAUGUACCUGGUCACUACUUCAACGUCCCUGGUUUCGUUAUUAUUAUGCUCAUCACCAUCAUCUUGUGUAUUGGUAUUCGUCAAUCUGCAUGGUUUAAUACAGUCGUAGUCAGUGUUAAAUUAGUUGUUAUUCUUAUCUUCAUCUUUGGUCUCUGUGGUUUCAUGUAUACUCCCAACUAUCAUCCAUAUGUUCCUCCCAACACAGACGGUGACUGGCAUCACUUUGGUACAUCGGGUAUAUUUGCUGCGGCAACAACAGUCUUUUUCAGUUACAUUGGUUUUGAUGCUGUCACAACUGCUGCCUUGGAAGCAAAGAAUCCUCAACGUGAUCUUCCUAUUGGUAUUAUAGGCAGUUUGUCCAUCAGUACUGUUCUCUAUUUAGUCUUUUGUACCAUCAUGACAGGUGCUGCCCACUACACCCUCUUUGCUGGAUCCCCUGUCCCCGCUGUCGUUGCCGUUGAACAGGUUGCUUUGCGUACCGGCAAGGACUUCACCUGGCUGAGUGUCCUUAUUUGUCUUGGCGCUCUUUGCGGUUUGACCUCUGUACUACUCAUCAAUUUGCUUGGUCAAUCACGUGUCUUUUAUUCUAUGGCUCAGGAUGGUCUUUUGCCUCCUAUUUUCUGCAAGGUUCACCCACGCUUCAAGACACCUUAUAUUGCCACUUUGACUGUCGGCUUCGUUACUGCUGUCCUUGCUGCUGUCUUACCUGUUGACCUGCUGGGUAAUAUGACUUCAGUGGGUACGUUGCUUGCCUUCUUUAUUGUCCAUGUUGGUGUCAUCAUCAUGCGUUUUACUCGUCCUGAUGCUCCUCGUCGAUUCAAAAUCCCUGGUGGAAAGUACCUCUCUUUGAUUUUCCCUAUUAUUGGUAUGUUUAUCUCUAUUGCAUUGAUUGCACUUGCUGAAGUGACAACCAUUUGGCGUUUGUUUGUGUGGAUGGGUAUCGGGUGGGUGAUCUAUUUUACCUACAGUAUCCGUCACUCUAAAUUUAACAGGGACCCUGUGGGUCGCUUUGAAGGUGCAUCCAAAACCGAACACGGCUACCAUGUACAAGAAUUUGAAGUCGCUUCUGCAGAACAAGCUAAAUAGUCGUUUUUUAUUCAUAUUUUAUUUAUAUCUGUAAUAAUUUAUAAUUUAUAACAUUUAACACUAAUAUGUGCUGGCUUUUUUUUGUAUGAAAGUGUGAGCUUUAUUUCACAAUUUUUUUUAUAAAAUAAAUUAUGUGUCUAUAGUGGAAGAUAACUUCCGC